AUGGACUCUGAAGACGGCCAACAGUUCAUCAAGCAUCUCGCCCACUUUGUGCGGACUCACGAGAAGGCUCUAGCAAAUGCUUUACAAUUGCAGAGGCGGAAUCCCCGCCGAAGGGACUCGGCACCUGCCAUAACUGGUACAGGAAGCCACCCAUCGUCACCACUUAACUCCACCUCAUCAUCAUCCGGCUCAGCUCUAGCGGCAGCCUUUUCUCUACCAUCACUGUCGUUCUCGUCGCAGUACAUCAAGCCCCAGAAACUGUCGCUCACACCCCAUCACCUCUACUACCUCUUGACACGAUUCGAAGAGCUCAACAUUCCAGUUGGGUCUAUGGGUGUGCGUCUCGAGAAUAUACAUGCAGAGAGUUCACCAGCAAACUACGUCUCGUUUCUCAGGGAUUCGUCUGCUCAGUCCAAACGAAGAAAUAGGUCUUCAGAUAGCUUGUCAAUUCAUUCAGUGUCUAGCGUCAAGAGUGUCAUGACUGGGAUGACCUCCCUGUGGUCCUCUUUUGGACUCGGUACAUCAGCAGAGUUAAAGAGUGCGAGAGCAAAGGCAGCGCUUGAUGCAGAUUUGAAGUAUCUAUAUUCAGCUUUUACUAAAAUCCCAUGCCUUAGGCUAGCUCCUGAUAGGAAGUCACGAUUGAUUGAUGGCUUCGAGGAGUUUCCUUUCGACACCGCAGUUCCCUUGCUGGCUUUCAAAAACGUCAGUGCAUUGGAGAUUUGCGAUAUCGAUAUCCGCCAGUUCUUUGGAUGGGAUCAAUUGGCUGAGAGAGUACGGAGCUUGACGGUCAAAAGAGGUGGCAUUGAGGACCCUGCAGAGCUCAUUAUUGCUAUUGUUCUGGAUGAUAUGGACAAACGACGAUCGCGGUCUGCAAAGUCACAAUCCUCGCCAAUUAUGUCGUAUCCUGUAUCGGUUGUCCCAGCGGAAGUCCAGUCUUCAUCGGCACCUCCUUCGCCCACAUCUCGUCCGGUGCAGAUUGGCGGAAGCGCACCCACGGGCCAUUAUCAUGCGAUGUCGAGAGAUCCUUCGAACACUUCACGAGACAGCUCGAAAACCCGGCCACGGAGUAGCUCGCCGUCUCGGCCGACCAGCUCUAGGAACAGUUCAGCGGCAGGUACUCACCAUCGCUCACAUCGGAUGCGAAGAUCGGAAUCUGGAAGUAGUCAUUCCUCUUCGACAUCUACCGUUCUUCCUGGGUCACCUCGUGGUACUAGCCCGCCUACCAAAUGGAGGUUCUUGAGGCAUUUGUCAUUGGCGGAUAACAGCUUGACAUCCAUCUCCUCUUUCGCAUUAAUUCCAUUGGCGAAUUCGUUAUCGUCACUUGACCUUUCCUCCAAUCUUUUCACAUCUAUUCCAGAGACUUUGUCCACGCUUUCAAACUUGCGAGCUCUAAAUCUAUCUAACAAUAUGAUCGACUCACUUCACUCGUUGACUCGCAACCCCCUCCCCGCCAUAACCGCGCUAAAUCUUCGUGGCAACCGCCUAGCGUCGAUUGCGGGCAUAGAGCGGCUGCUAUCAUUGGAACGUCUGGAUUUACGGGAAAAUAAGCUUGCAGACCCCACUGAGUUGGCUCGGUUAACGGGCGUACCGAACAUGGCGGAGAUUUGGGUCGCGGCAAACCCUUUUACGAAGACUCACCCCUCAUACCGAUUGAUGAUAUUCAACCUUUUCAGGAGCACACCGGGUUAUACAGAUGAUAUUACGUUAGACUCUCAAGGGCCCGGGAUGGUCGAAAAGCGGAGUUUGGUCGAGAGAGCGGCAGAGCUACCCAGCGUGCCGGUGGUGAGGAUGCCUCAACCACAAAGCGUAGUCGUCAACACAGUUGCAGCGAUCGAUCCCAAGAAGGAAAAGCAAGAAAGUGAAAAGUCGAUCAAGAUGGUUACCAGCACUAGUGAUGUGGCCAGGGCAAAGAAGAAACCUGGAAGAAGGAGAGUGGUUGAGCUUGGUCGUGAGGACAGUAGCUUGUCAAUUGGCGAGCAUAGAUUAACAAAGUCACCUCAACCACCUCCCGUGCACUCAUCGAUCAGCUCAAAUGUAUCAACAGCACCUAAAGAUAUUCCACACCAUCCUGAUGAAUCAUCCUCCGGGGCUGAAUCAUCCCCUCAACAGCAUGCAUCUUCAUCCCCUAGAGAAAAUAUUGACUGGGAGAUGAGGGGAGAUGAAUACCGGCGUAAAGUCGAGGCUUUGAAGAUGGAUGUUGGGAGCGGUUGGUUGAGUGUAUUGAGCGAGGAGGGUAUGUCACUGGCCGCGUCGAGAAAGUCGACGCCCGGGGCAACGAAUACCAGCCCUGCAGCUCAGUGGAAGAGACCUGGUUAA